GCGAGCUGAAGACGGGCCAUGCACCGACAUCAACGAGCAGAAGUUCCUGGCGUACUUCGACUACGAGCUCAACCUGUGCUCGCGCUUCCUGGGCGACUUGCGCUACUGCCUCGUCGGCGACAACCGCUUCGAGACGAGGGACGACUGCAGGCGCGCUUGUAUCUCGCCCGCCUUCCAGAAGCACCGCUGCAGGGAGGUUCGCUUCGGUUUCUGCUUGGGGCCCGCCGACCGGGUGUACAACGUGUUGUUCAGCAACGGCCAGUGCCGCCUCACAAAGUCCAUCCUCUGCCUCCAGGGGGACAACAAGUUCCUCAACCUCGAGGAGUGCCAGCAGUUCUGCUGCAAGAACUGUUAAGCAACAGUGAGCACUGCUUGGCGCCGCCGCGGGAAGGCCAGUGCCUGUCGGCGGACCUCCGCUACCGGUUCUACUUCGACAACAGCACCAACCAGUGCCUGGUGCACCGCGGUGUCUGUCUCAAGGGUCGGAACCGGUACCGGACACUCGAGACCUGCGCCGAACACUUCCCUCUCAAGAGUGAGGACAGGCUUCGAUGCGCCCGAACACCGUGACGUAGAGGAUUAACGUUAGUUCUACUAUCUACAUCGCUUUUACUAUUUUACUUAUGGAAUAAAAUGUUGGUCAAAUGAAAUAAAAUGCGACAGGCUGGUUCUGAGUGCCUCGAU